AUGUACAUAAUCCUUCAUCCAGCAGCAGUAAAGGAUCGCCGCCUGUCUUAUGCAUAUCACAAUGGAAAAUGUACCAAUCAGGUUGUAUAUAAAAACCAGUUUUAUAAGGUUCCCGAAACAGUGGCUAAUUUUCUUCAACUUGAAAAUGCUAACUCAUACACAGCUCAUUCGUUCCGAAGAUCGUCUGCUACACUUUUAGUUGAAUCUGUGGAAGACUUGAUGACACUAGAGAAACAUGGUGAUUGGAAGUCAUCGACGGUCGCAAAAGGAAAGAAAAAUCCUAAUUUCAACUACAACAACAACAACAACAACUGGUAG